AUGGCCAUGUCAAGUGAUGAAGUCUAUUACGAUAAUGAGAAACAAUUCAAGGAUAGAAAAGGAAAGAGGGAAACAUGCCAUUUGAAUAGGCAUUGCAGAGAUAGAUUUCAGGAGAGAAUGGAUUUCAAGUUCUAUGACUUUCAGGCUUUUGAGGUAGAAAAUGGGUGGAACAAGCUUUUUGUCUCUAUUAUUUCUAUGGAAACGGGGAAAACUAUAGCCAAGUCUGGCAAAGCAUUAGUACAAAAUGGACAGUGUCAAUGGGAAGACUCUAUGUUCAGUACUAUAUGGAUUUCUGAUGAUUCUCUAAAAGAAAAUGAAGGCUUCCUCCUUAAGCUUGUUAUUUCCAUGGGAUCAGCCAGGUUUGGGACCCUUGGUGAGGCCACCAUUAAUUUAGCAAGUUACAUUAGGCCAGAAACUUCUACUGCAUCCUUGCCUUUGAAACAACAUUGUUCCCAUGGGACAAUCUUACAAGUUAAAAUUCAGUGCUUGGCACCAAGAAUAAAAACUAGGAGGGAUGCAAAUUCAUAUUUGGAGGAAGUGAGUGUUGGCUAUGAUAACAUAGACUGUAUAUCCGAUGCAUCAGACAAUACAUUCAGCAGGACUAGUAGAUCUUCACAUUGUGACCGAUUGGAAACUAGAUAUUAUCGAGGAGAACCUAGCAAUAAGAAAAUAAGUCCACUGGCAACAUUUUCAGAUCAUGACGUUGACUCUUUGGAGAGUUCCUUUUCCUUUUGGAUUGAAAAGUUUCCCCAACAAAGUAAUGUCAGUGGAUUGAAGAACAAUCUGAAUCUGAGAAAAGAUUCAACUUACUCUACAAAUGGCCCCUAUCUCUAUGAUACCUCCAGAUCAAUAUAUUCAUCCUCUACUAGAGUAACAUCAAGUUUAGGGGCACAGCUGCAAGAUAAAAUCGAAGACUUUGAGAAAGUUUCGCAUGCCAGUGACUCAACAUUGACAAGGAGUGUUAGUUCAUCUAAAGAUCUCCUUGGUGCAGCACAAGUUACAAUCGAGUUACUUCAUGGUGAAGGAAAGUUGUGGGAAGAAAAUGCUAGAAAGCUGAUGAUUGAUGUGGAGAAUCUGCGAAAGGAGUUAAAGAAGAAGUCAAAGAAUAAAAAAGAUCUUGAAAUGGAGUUAUUAGCAUCACGUGAAGAGAAUGAUGGAUUCAAGGAAGAAAUUCAUCGACUAACCACCAUGGUGAAACAAAAUAACAGCAGAAAUCUUGAGUUUCAGAUAGAAGAGAUGGAUAAUAUCAUAAAGGAGUUGAAAGAUGAGAUCAAAUAUCAGAAAGGACUAAAUAGUGGCUUGGAAUUGAAGCUUAAGAAAACACAGGAGUCAAACAUUGAUCUUGUUUCCAAUCUCCGGAAAUUAGAAAAGACAAUAGAGAAGCAGAAAAUGGAGAUUGCUGAUCUAUCUAUGACUAGUUUGCAGUUUCAAGAUGCCGAAAAUAAUAGCCAUGGGCUUGAAGACAGUGAGGAAGAGGACUUCAGUUUGAGCAAAGAAAGUUUACCAGAGAAAAUGAGAAAGGAGUUUUGUCAUUCAGGUGUUGAUCUUAGUACUAAUGAAAAUGCAAUAAGAUGCCUGCAUGAGGGGAUUGAACUACAGGAAUUCUGGAACUUGGAGCUUGAGCACCAACUUAUGCAGGAGAAACAAAAGAACAUGGAAAGUACUAUCCAGUUUCUGCAGAAAACUAUGGAUGAGAAAGAGAAACAAAUUUCCAACUUUGAAAAGAAGUUAUCUGAUGGUGUUUAUGCUUUUGGCAAUGAAAUCUUAGCUUUAAAACAAAGGUUGCUUGAAACAAAGGCUACUUCCUUUGAGUAUGAGAUUAAUUCUCAUGAUGAGUUGGUCAGGAAAAGAAUCAGAGAUGAUAAUGAGUUGCAGAAUGAAAUAAGAGAUUGCAGUCUAAAUGAAAAUAUAUUCUGCAUUUCUAGUCAGGAAUUGAGAAAUAUUCAUGGACAACUGGUAUCCGAAUUUAUACAGCUGACUGAAAAUCAAAUGACUCUAGUCAACAAGGAUGAUGUAAAGAAUUUAUCUGAGUUGGAAAGUUCAGAUGAUGAACAAAAUGCUUUGUUUGAACUAGAAGCAGAAAAUGUGCCGUUAUCAGAACAGAUAGUUUGUUUGGAAGCUGAAAUAAGAAAUUUGAUUGAAGAAAAGGAGUCAACUCAUUUGACGCUGGAGAACUCUGAAACUGUUGUCAUAAAUCUCCAGGCUGAGAUCAGGAGAAUGGAAACUAAAAAUGAGGCACAAAUAGCUGAUAUGAAAAGAAAGGAAGAGAGCAUGCAGAAAAAAUGGUUAGAAGCUCAAGAGGAGUGCAGUUUUAUGAAAGUAGCCAACUUAGAAUUACAAGGUACAAAUGAAAAAUUGAUUAAAGAAUCUGAAACUCUUCAGACAACAAAUGUUGAGUUAAGAAUGCAAAACUUGGAGUUGCAUAACCAAUGUACAAAAUUGAAAUCUAAACUAGGGGAAUCACAAAUUGCAUUUUCUGGUAUGUUGAAACAAGUUGAAGACUUGGAAUACAAAUUUACUUCAAUGCUGGAAGAAAUUGCUUUGAAAGAAAAAACCAUAAAUGUAGACCUAGAUGCACUUCUUCAGGAAAGCAAAAAGCAAGAUGAAAGGUAUAAUAUGGAAGAAAGAUAUUUAACACAGAUGUAUUUGGAGAAAACAGCUGAAGUAGGUAACUUGCUGAGCGAGGUUGAAUACCUAAGACACCAGAUGUCUGGCAUCUAUGAUAGACACAAGAGGAUAGCUUCUAAUAUUGUACUCGAGGUCUAUGAUUUAUGUGCUGAUAAAGCUAUGCUUGAAGCUGCUCUUCAAGAAGAACAGGAGAAAGUACAGCUACAUGAAACCAAACUUGAUAAUAUUGCAGCAGAAUAUGAAGUAAUGGUGCAAAAUUAUACAGAAGAGCUAGCUGCUACCAGGGCAAACCAAGAAACUCUGAUGGUUAAUCAUGAAAAAGUAGUUGUUUUGUUGGAAAACGUCAAAUCAAAUGAAGAGAAACUGAAGAACAUUGUUACAGGACUUGAGGCGGAGCUGAAAGCCUCUGAACUUGAGAGGCUACAAGCAACAGAAGAAAUUUCUGAAUUAGAAGUUCAACUUCAGAAAACAGAAAUGCUUCAAGAUGAACUCUUCGUCCUUAAGAGAUCACUAUAUGAAGCAGAAUAUGAAUACAGAAGACUGGAAGCUUCGUAUGAGAUGCUAUCCUUAGAGUAUGAAGAGCUGAAAGCUAAGAAAAUAUCUUACAUUCGAAGAAUCUCAACGAUUGAGAAAGUUACAGCAGAAUUGGAGGACUGCAAGCACAGUAAAGUUGAGCUUGAGGAAAAAAUUUUGCGACUGGAAUGGAAUCUAACCACAAAAGAAGCUUCAACACGAAAUAAGGCUCUGCUAAAGUAUGAACUUGCCCAAAUGACAAGAGCAAAUGGUGAGCUACUAAGGGAGAAAGAUGCCAUUCAGGAAGAGAAUGAAGAGUGCCAGAAGAAACUUAAAGAUCUCGAAGAAAAGCUGAAACAAGAGAAAGAUGUAACACAAGACCAACAUAAUGCCAAAGAUUGUAGUACUUCAACUACUUCCCAGGAUGAUUUGAAGCUCUUACAGAAAGAGGAUAGCUGCAGUAGUAUCAAAUCCAAUGACAGGCCAUUCUUAUUGCCACAUCCUUACAAUGUUACUCACAACAAGCUUCUGACAGAACAAUGUCCCAAGCUGGAGUUUUCAAGUCAUAGAAACUUAUUUCAUGUCUAUGAAACUGCAAUCCUGCUAGUCAGCUAG